AUGUAUCGCGCGACAGCCUUACAGUGUAGGGGCGUUAAAACUUCUAAACUUUUGAGGACAAUGGAUGCCACAUUAUUGGUGUGCAAGGGGCUCACCACAUCCACAGGAGCGCAACGCAAGCCUUCCUGUGUAACACCGGUGGGUGUUUUAACCACACAAAGACCGUCAGGGCUUUAUUCAGGCCCCCUUUUCCAGUGCUUUUACGCCUGUGCGCCGAUUUCCCCCGGUGAUAGGUGCACGCUGUGCACACCACGACGUACGUUCAUGGCUAACUUGUUUCGCCGCUCAUCCCCCAAGGUGAAGGUAGAUGACUUGGUUUACGAUACCGAAUCCACUCGCUACCGAGGCACCAUUUUUGGCCUCCCAGCCGACAUUGUGGUCUUCAACUUCAAAAUAUUUGCCUGCAUCGUAACGAUUUUUUCCAUGAUAUACAUUUUUUUAAAAGGGAUCCGUUUAUUUUCUCAUUUUAGCUCGCAGACGGUCGCACGCAUGGGUUUUGUGAGUGGUUUUGGGUGUUGCAUAGUUGCCUAUACCGCAAUUUUCCAGGUUAUACGACGCUUACGGAUCAACACCAACGCGGUCUACAACCACUCUAUCGCGCUCGUGAUGAAGAAUCCGAGGGUGCAGGAAUUGCUUGGACAAAACCCGCGCGCUGGAACCUUCAAAGCCUACGGCACUAUGGGAGGCCUCAAGUUGCCACUGCUGCGACGGAUUCGCAGCGGGUCGUAUGAAUUUUCCGACCUCCUAGGUCUUAAGCCCCGUCGUCUCCAGAUGGUUUUUGUCCUCAAAGCCCCUUCUGAGGGACGCGAAGCUGUAAUCUACUGCGAUGUUCACAAGGAAUCAAAGGGUUUUAUGAUGUCUGAGAAUGUGUACAAAUCACUUGCCGUCACUCUGAUUGAAACUUCAACAAAGGAGCGAGAAACGGUUAUGGUGAUUGGUAACCUUGCAGAUGUUCCGUUUAUUUUAUAA